UCCAUCUCCCUCGCUCACUCUGCCACGCUCGUGCUUCGUGCUUCGUCCAACUUCCCGUCUCUUGUUGCUCCACCGACCUUCGCUGUCCCGCCUUCAUCUCCACACUCUCACAUCAAACCGUUCGUUUCCUAAGCACUUCGUCACCUCGCAGCAACCAUGCAGCUCUCCGCAUCCCUUGCCCUUCUGGCCCUCUCUUCUUGCGCCUUUGCCCAGGGCCUCCAAAUCACCGACUCCGUCGCCGCUUCUGUGCUCAACGUCCUCGCGACCGCCAUCCCCGCCGAAUCCGUCUCCUCGGCCCUCGCCGACCCCUCCGCCUUCUCCUCCGAGCUCGCCUCGUCCCUCUCCGCCGGCAGCACCCCAGGCUGGUACCAGUCCCUCCCCGCCGACGUCAAGAGCUACCUUCCUCUCCUCUACCCGGCCGUCGCCCCUGCGACCACCACUCCCCCCUCCUCCGAGCCCACCGGUGCUGAGACGUCCUCCGGUGCCGCUCCCACCGUCAGCGGCAGCCCCUCUGGCAAGAACGUGACCUCCAUCACCAGCGUCUUGUCCCCUACGCCCUCGGCCUCGAAGACCGGGCCCGCGUCCUCCCAGUCCUCUGGCGGCGCUGCUGCUCUCCCGACCGGCAUGAUCAACGCCGGCGUCGUCGGUGCCCUCGGUCUCUUGGGCAUGAUCGCCUUGUAAAUGGCUUGCGCUUCUCAUUAGCGACCAUUGACCCUUGUCAAGGCAUAGACAAAAGCAAGGCGUGGCAGCUACACAGCAUACGUGGCGGAGGGAACCGAAUGUUGGCGGCUUUGUUUUUCUUCUUCGGUGUGACGGGUUC